AUGCCCUUUGGUCUCACAAACGCACCUGCGGCUUUCAUGCGCUUAAUGAAUGAAGUGUUUCACGACUACCUUGAUAAGUUCGUGAUCAUUUUCAUUGACGACAUCCUGGUGUAUUCAAGAAAUAAGGAGGAGCACAAAGAGCAUCUGAGACUGGUUAUGGAGAGGUUACGGAAUCAGAAGCUAUUUGCCAAGUUCAGCAAGUGCUCGUUUUGGAAGAGAGAGAUAGGAUUACUGGGUCAUAUAGUAUCAGGAGAGGGCGUGGCUGCUGAUCCAGAAAAGGUCCAAGCCAUACGAGAAUGGCCUCGACCUACCACUGUGACAGAAGUGAGGAGUUUUCUUGACUUGCGGGCCAUUAUUGGAAGUGGAAGAAACCGAGAAGGCAUUCAAGAAGUUGAAGGAAGCUCUCACGACCGCACCUGUGUUAGCUUUGCCCAGCAAGGCAAACCUUACACGGUUUACACGGAUGCUUCACGAGUUGGGUUAGGUUGUGUUCUUAUGCAAAAUGGAAAGUUGGACGCAGAUUUAGAGAAAGAAGUGGAGCUGUUGAACCAGGAGUUGAAACAAGUGAAGUUGGUUGUUUUGGAAGGGCAAACAAGCGAGCCAUUGGGACUUCAAGCGAUGAAUCAGGCCAGCUUGAUUCAGAGAAUUCGAGAGGAACAACUUAAGGAUGAGAAGCAAUUGAAGAUCGCUGAGGAACUCAGAGGACAAGGCAGGCCAAAUAAUGCCGGAUACUACUUGGGGGAGGAUGGAACCUUGCUAAUUAAUGGGAGGAUCACGUAUGAUUCCUGGAAGUUCAAAGAUGUACCGAGACGUGAGAAGAUACUAUCAUUGGCCGGGCAUGAAGAGGUCAGUAGUGCAAUGGGUUGCUCAGUGUGCAACUUGUCAACAACUCAAGGCCGAGCAUCAAGUACCUGGAGGAUUGUUACAAAGUCUUCCGAUACCUCAAUGGAAAUGGGAGUCGAUUUCCAUGAUUUCAUUACCGGAUUACCCACUGCUCCAGGUAGAUCAAACAACUCGAUAUGGGUGAUUGUGGAUAGGUUAACCAAGGUUACACACUUGUUGCCUAUGCGGGACACUGAUAAAGUGGAAGUGUUGGCCGAGCUGUACAUCGACCAAAUCGUGAAAUUACAUGGUGUACACUCAGACAUCAUCUCAGAUCGGGAUCCAAGGUUCACGGCAUCAUUCUGGGAAGCACUGCAAGAAACCUUGGGAACUAAACUGUACAGAAGCACGGCGUUCCAUCCAGAAACAGAUGGCCAAACAGAGAGAACCAUUCGGACCAUCGAGGACAUGCUGCGGAUGUGUAUUCUCGAUUGGGCAGGAACUUGGGAGAAGCAUUUACCAUUGGUCGAGUUCUCGUACAACAACAGUCAUCAUUCGAGCAUAAGGAUGUCACCUUAUGAAGCAUUAUACGGAAGGCCAUGCAAGACGCCUAUGUGUUGGACGGAAGUGGGGAAAGAAGAAUGCCAACAUGAAGAAAGCUCAGGACCGUCAGAAGAAGUACGCAGACCAGUCAAGAAGAGAGGUAACUUUCGAGAUAGGAGAUUGGGUUUACUUGAAGGUUACAGCCAAAAAGGGAAGGACAGAUUUGGCAAGGUUGGGAAACUUGCGGUCAGAUUCAUUGGUCCGUACAAGAUCAUCGGGAAAGUUGGUGAGGUAGCUUACCGAUUGGAUCUGCCAGCAGAUAUGCAUCUACAUCCAGUAUUCCAUUUUUCCAUGCUUCAGAAACAUAUACGGGAUCCAAGUGCUGUUGAGCCCGAGAGAAUCGAGGAGUUGGAGACAAACCUUACGUAUCCGGAAGGACCAAUCAGAUUAGGAGAACGGCGUAUUCGGAAUCUCAAAAAUUGUGAGAUUUCUCAAGUACAAGUGUUCUGGGGAAGACAAAACAGGAUUCAUGUUACCGAUCACCCGAGUUUUCUCCGAGAGGACGUUGUAAUGGAAGAAGGAGGCCCCUCGAGCCUUAGAAUUCGGGACGAAUUCUGUUAA